UCGCCAUUACAAAACGCUGUGAGGCGUUGUAUGUGCGGUUUCGCUUUGGAAUUCGUGUUCAAGAAGUGUCAAUUUUCUUGUGUUUGUGUGAAACAAAUACAGUUAUUUAAUAGUGUGGAGUGUUAAGAUAUGUCAGUAUUUAAACGGAGAGAGGAGCAACGUUGUUUGGACGAAUUGAAACACCGCGACGAAGAAGUUAUCGGCAGUUUGUGCAGGUUGAGCGACCGGGCGGCGUCCCCGAGCAGUCACAUGGAGCAGGAGAAGCGAAUCAGGCGGGAGAUAGCCAAUUCCAACGAGCGACGCCGUAUGCAAAGUAUAAACGCGGGCUUCCAGUCGCUCAGGACGCUGUUACCGCAUCACGAAGGCGAGAAGCUGAGCAAGGCUGCAAUACUCCAGCAGACUGCGGAGUAUAUCUAUCAGCUGGAGCAGGAGAAGACCAGCCUCCUGUCACAGAAUUGUCAGUUGAAGAGGCUUGUCAACCAACAUGAAGGUCAGCAUGAGCCUAGCUCUGCAAAGAAGAGGAAAAUUGAAACAACCAGUGUUGUGGUACCUCUUACUGCAGUUCCAGCAACAGUAAGCGAAUCUUCAGAUGAAGGUAUUGGCAGCAUGUCACCAGAACCAGUUGCCAUCAUCACAAACACAACUGUCUCCAACAUCGGCGGUCUCGACAAUGGAGACCCCAGUCGGGAAAUGAUUGAAUUGCGAGUGCAACUCGACCGUGAACGGAGGCUUCGCAUGCAUCUGGAAGACCAGGUACGAUCAUUGGAAUCACAGCUGUACCCAGAACGGAUUCGUGAGAUCACACAGCAAGUUCAGUUGCAGUAUCAUCACCAGGAAGUACUGGAACACUCAUCUCCCACAGUCACAGUAACAGCAUCGUCACAGAGGUGUCGUAGUGAAUCACAACCACCACUUCCCACCCAAACAUCAACGCAGCCAGUUGGCAGCAGCAACAGUCUCGUCCCCGUCUCUCUUCUGCAGGAAACAGCGGCUGCAGUAGCUCAAUUACAGGUAGUGUCUGCAGCAUCCUUGCCACCUGUGGCACAGAACACAACAAUUGUGUCAACAAGUCCACUUCGACUAUCUCCCACCCCACCCCCAGCAAGUCCGACUCCUGUGGUACCAGAAUCACCUUGUCCUUCACCGCCUGCACCUGUUUCUCCUCAGCCUGAGCAACGUCUGCCAAGUGUUCUUGAAGCAGCCAUCAAAGCUGAACCCAAAGUGGAGGUGGAACGCUUGCCGUCACCAACGUCUGCAUCUGAUGAUGUUACACCACAAGCCAGGUUGUAUUUGGCCAGCACAUCACGGCAAAACCUGGAGACUAUUGUGGAGGCAAUCAGACACUUGGAAGGUGAUCACCUGUUCAGUGAUGAUCCUUCACCACGUGGUCAGCAGCAGCACCUUUCAAGCAGCAUAAUGGAUGAACCUGCCCAGGAAGUUCCUCUGGCUCUGACCACGCACAACAAGACCGUCACACAAUCCACACAGACGCAGGUAGCUCAUCGCCUGCUGAAGGUUGAGAUGAACCCCUUUCUUCAGUUCCACAGUACACCGCAGUCAACACAACAGAGAGUGGCCCUUCAGCAGCAACGUCCAGGAGUCAUCGUUGUCAAGCAGCAUACAUGAUUGUGUUGUAACGUCGUUAGAUAAACUGCACACCCUGUCCCUACCCAAUUGCUAUAUCUCCACUGUUCUCUCAAGUACAUUGCAAUAUUUGGGAGAAGGGGGGGCGGAAUCUGUUGAUGCUGAAAAUUGAGUGCCUAAACCAAAGCUCCUAUAAAAACAAGUGCUGUUAGCUAAUCAGCUGUCUUACAUUAUAUAAAUAGUAUUUACUUGUGGUUAUGUCCUCCAGUUCCAUUUAUGUAAAGUUCAUUAAUGGUACUAAUUAGUCAAAUGUGUAAUUGGUAAAGUGUUAACAGUAUUUGUCAUCAGAUCACUCUCAAUAUAUUUUCAGUAUAUUUAUAAAUCAGUGAAGUAGUCAGAUAUGUAUUGUUUUAUUUUGUCAUUUCCUUUAUUCAUUCUCAGUAAUACCACGUGAAUGUAUUUCGUAUGAAAAUAAUAUGUUUGAAGAAAACAGUAUGAAGAGGUUUAUGCUCAAGUUUUGGUAUACAGAUUUUUCUUACCCCCUUCAUUCCUGGAAGACCAGUGUAUCGCAGUUGGUACAGAAACGUACUUCAAAUGACAUUGUUUUCUUCCCACACUACUUUAUGGAUUGAAUAAAACUGUUUCUUUACCGAUCUGUAUCUGAUCCUAUGAAGUGACAAGUCUUUUUAAGAUGGGCAGGUAUGGUUCACAUUGAACAAGAAAUGUGAGGGUGUUACAGAAGCAGAAUGAUUGGUGAUGUGGCAGAAUGACACAAGCAUUCAGUGAUACCAUAAUGUCCUCUGUUGGCUGAGACCAUUACUGAAGAUUCUUUGAAGUAAAAUAAUGUGCAUGUGGUAUAGAUUGGACUUGGGCAAGCUGUCUGCUCAUUUGAAGGUUUCUGCUGCCAGCCCCUCCUUUCUCCAUUUUGUGCUGUUAUGAAUGAAGGUGUGAAUUGCAAGAAAUAUUUGACCAGUGUGGACCUGCCUAUUCCUACAUAUGUGCCCCCAUUCCCUGGUGUCUUCAGUCAUACCUUCUGAACCUUCUUUUGCUUAAUUUUGUCUCACCCAGGCAGUUAUUAACAGCUCGUUUGACUAUGUCACUUUUCAUUGACAGAUUAUUGUAGGGGAGACAGCGUUGCUGUUAAGUGAGAGAAGUUACUUGUUAACUUUGUUUUCCUAAUUUUCAAGGGUAAAAAACUGCUUAUAUUUGUAUUGUUAUUUAAAAAAAAGACAAAAAGAAAAAAAAAUUAAAAAUAGCGUUGAUUUGCCAGUCAUUUCGUCUUCUUUCUUUGUAUAUAGUCGACUACACCUGUUGUAUGUGUUGUGAUAUUUUGACGAAUGGUUGAACUGACAUUAACAGGCAGAUUUUGGAUGAAGUAGUAAUAAUGACUUCUACCUUCCCCAAACAGGCUCUGUAGUGCAAGAGUUGCUGCCUAUGGAGCCUUAGUUAUAUCCCUUAUCUCACUUUAUUUUGAAUUCUGUCCUCGUAUAUAAAUAUAUAUAUAUUUUUUGUGUUUGUUCAUAUUUCUAUAUAUUAUAUAAUACUUGCGUGAGUGCGAUUUGGCUUGCGUGUAACUGUAUACGUAUGACUUAUCUUUUCUUCGGAAUAAUAAUAUUUGAGAUAGUUGGCGGUAGCUUGCGUCUCGAUAUCACGUUUUUUUUUAUCCAUUGUAGAUCUAUGUUAUUCCCUUCAAAAACUAGUUUAUACUUGAUUAUUCUAAUAAUUAUGACGUAUAAUUAAAGGAACUGCGUGCAGGAAUGUGUGUUGACUGUUGCAAUUGUGCACGUGACAGAUGAAUGCAAGAAUGAUUGUUUCAUUAAAACAUGUAGCGUCGCUAUUAAUAUAAGCAAAACAGUUCCAUUAUGUGGGAACAGUACUGAUAAUUAGGUAUUAAAAAUAUUAAUUACUACUAUUAUUAUUAUUAUUGCCCUCUCUUGAAAUGAGAUCUUUCCAAGUAGUUUGUUGGAUUCUUACAGGAUGUGGAAAGAAUUCAUUCAGAUUCAUUUUUUCAGAUUUUGUUGAAGCUUGGGGCUGAAGGAAAAUAGCGUUUUUCCCAGGGAUAAGCUGCUUUCCAGCUUUGUUAUAUGUUUAGUUUCAUAAGAGUUAAGACUUUGGGGCAGGGCAGUCAUUCUUAUUUCUAUUAUUAAUGUUAUUGAUGGUAGUAGUAAUAUCUUUAUUAUUAUUAUUAUUAUUUCAUUUUCAUUUUUAUCAUAAUAAUUAUCAUCAUCAGUCAUUGCUAAAGAAAGUUCCUUGAAGUAUAAAAUGGAUAUCAUACUAACAUUGAAAACAAUAGUUGUUGCAUUCUUAGAGGACAUGGAAAUGGUGUUGGAGUCAUAGGAAACAGGUUUGAAUAUAUUAUAUAUGUGAAAUAUAAUGGUAAAUGAGAAUACCAUGUUUAAUUUUGCUUGGUUCAUUCCCCCCCCCCGCAUGGAGUUGUUGUGUUUAUUCCUGUUUCAGACCCAUAGAAAUAUUAAUCUGUUUUUAAAGAGAAGAAAAUGCCAAGACUUAAAUGGAACACCUGAUGGUGUGAGCGGUUACCAUUGUUUUCAGAGUCAUACAGAGUUAUUUAAUUAAAAAACCCUAUUUUUGGAUUCCAUAUUUCUUAAAAAUACCAAAUGUUAGAUAAUAAGGCGUUAGAAUCUGUUGAAUGUCCAUUCACCAUCUUUAUGAAGAAGAAUGCAAUAACUAUUGAAUGUUGUGUUCAUUAUUCACAUAUUAAUAAUUCAUCAUUCAUUGGGUCUGAAGACUUCUUUUCUCCCCAUCCCCAGAGGUAUAGCUACUUUUCUUAAUUGCAGGAAAAUGUAUAUUACACAGCAGAUAUACUCUAGCACUUUUUGUAUUGGAUAAAUUUAUGUUCCAUAUAAAGAAAAAUAUCUAAAUUGAUGUUUUAAAAAUGAAAGGUGACUUUAUUUAAGUACUGCAUUUGUUAUAGUUCACUUACCUCAUCAUUAUGCAUAUUUCUGGAUUCACUUUUCUCUCAUAAUGUUGUCAUGAUUGGCUCCCCAACCACCCCAAGUUUAAUUGCUGUGAUGUAUUAUAAAUAAUUAUUAAUUAUACUUGUAAUAAUAAGGAGGAGUAAUUCAUAAUUGUACUGGUAUCUUUGCUCAAAAUGCUCUGGUCUAGAGACUAUAAAACUAUCCCCCCUAGUAGUGUAUAUUUCACGCAAUAGCCCAUGGCGAUUCUGUCCAUGCACUAAGCAUAUAGUGUCAUAACAAGUAGGUAGUGCGGCAAUCAGUUGGAUGACAGUGAUAUGUACUUCCCAUACCUCCCUCCACACUGAUGCCAUUAGUUCCAGAACUUAGCUGGUUGUGCGAAAUAAGUUAACUUUUCUGAGACCAUUCUAACAAGAUACUAAUGCCAAUUGAAACCAUAGGUGUAUGACAGCUAUAACUUCUGUAUCUUUUCUUGUUUGUCUGAUGCAUUUUUUUUAAUAGUUCAGGACUGUAAAAUUUCCAGACAUUUAAAUUGUGGCCAAAACACUUGGUAAGUUCUGAGAUAGGGAUCUCUUGAGCUGGCAUUCAUAUUUCAUUCUAUUAUUGCCACAGACUGAAAUCUGUCAUGUUUGAUGUAUGAUUAACUUUGGAACUAAUGGAGUCAGCCCUGUUUUUUGAUACCAGUUUGUUGACUUGCACAGUAAUGACAUGAUUUUUGUGAAGCUGUCAAAUUCUGUUGAGGUAUAUGCUGUAGUUACCAACAGUUUAAAAUGGGGAUGAGAUUUUUUAAUGGCAUUUUUUUUUUCAGUACUUUAUAUUGACAUAUGUGAAACACCAGAAGAGAACAAGGGUUAACAUAAUACUGACUGGUUGUAUUAGUUCAACUUUUUCAACAUUAUAGUAAAUUCUAGUUUAUGGUUUACUAGCAAAUACGUGAGCUAUAAUAUUGUUUUAUGCAGUUCAGCAUGCCUUAUGAGGUUAUGUGUCAUUGUAACAAAUUGUUAGAUUGUCUUGUAAUUUUUAUGUUAAAAGCAUUUUUAUGUACUGUAGUAAGACUUGCCAUUUUCAGCUUUCUUCCUAUUUUCCUUUUUUUUUUUUUUCCCCCCCCCGUAUAAGUUUCAUAUAUGUGGACUGGGAACACUGACACUUCAGUAUUUUUUUAAUCACACACACACACACACACAUUGAGGUUUUUCAUGUGACAUCCACUUGUAUUUUGUAAAAGUAGGUGAACAAUGUAUAUUGAUAUGGCUAUGGAGCAGUAAACAGGUAUGAACAAUAUUUCAUUUGCAGCAAAAUAAUAAUAAUAAUAAUUAUUAUUCUCUUGGGAUCAUUCUUGGUUCAUAUUAUUACCCUUUGGGGUUGCAUUAUUUUAUAAACUUUGUUAAACACAUUAGUCAUAUUGCUAUGGGUGUUUUGAAAGCUGUUCAUGUAGCUUGUAAGUUAGGAAUAGCUCGAUUUUACAGGCAAUAUAAGCUGAUAUUUUAUGAAGAAAAGCUGGAAAUAUGACACAGUAAAUCCAUAACAAAGUAUUAUUCCUGACAAAUCUGCGGCAGAAAAAAUCAUAUAUAAAACUGCAGCAGGAACAGAGUUGUUAUAUCCUUGACACACUAUGGAUCGUGACAUUUUUCUUGCCAUAUACUCACUUCUACUCUAAAAUUCAGUAAUAAUGUCUUCUGUCAUGUAUAUGGAAGCCUCCUUGCCCUCAUGAACAUGACAAAAUAUUGGUUUAUAUUGGAAAUAAGCUGUAUUUUUGCAGUGCGUCAUCUUGUAAAGUUAGAAAGUCGUUUGGGAAAUUAGUGAAUAAUUCAGUUACUGAAAUUCUGAUGUUUUUCUAGUCCAGUACUCUGUAUUAUUUCAACAAGAAUAAAAAUGUGAAUUCAUGAUUUUUUUUUAAUGAUUGACAAAGGUCCUGUCUACUUUAUCAUUUGGGGCAUUGCUAAAUAUGGUAUUUUGCUGUAAUCUGGAGCAAAAGUGACAUAAGAAACGUUUUAAAAUGUGUUUAUAAACCUCGCAAGUCUGACUGCUUUUGGGUAUUGAAAAUAUGUGCAGAGAUGGUUGCGCAUAGAGAAGUACAAAUCAAAAGAGGUGUUCACACUCACAUUUGUUUCGUUGUCUCAGUUUUGUGGCUUCUUUUUGUGUUGCCUGUAAGAACAUCAGUGACAUCUUAAUUAAAAAACUAUGUAAACAA